AUGAACGGGGUCCUUGAGUUCGUCAACGCGUCUCUUCCUGGUGGACAAGCAACGUUUUGUCAAGAUAGCAAUACCAGAGAGGUUUUGCUCAAUUUUGCAUCUUCUCCACCCAACUGUGAGCCGGCCGUUAUCGUGGUCUAUGGGGCCGAGCAAUGCCAGAACAAACAGAUUGUCUCCGCGGUCGUCCCCAGCAUCCGUGGCAGCUCUUCAACUCAACUAGUCAUUGGCCCUUCCUCCAGCCAGUUGGUCACGCCUAUUUCAAGUCUUCCCACAACAUCUCUGUCACAGCCUGCCAUCCCAUCUGGCGGCAGUCAGACAGGCACGGCUCCAUUUUCCACUCCCGAAAGCAGUUCGGGAUCGCCAACCUCAUCAGCCACUCCGAGCUUCGACGCGCCGUGCGCCCCGCAAGCAUCGACUUUGUUCGUACCUUCGCAAGACAUUGACAUUGAUAGGACAUCGGCGGACAGACUUAACGCCGCCAACACCGUCUUUCUCAACUAUGUCGAGGUUCCUGGGGAUCGUGUGAUGCAGAUCGAGCUGUCUUUGAACUCUGCAGGGGUUUUGCUUGAAAACUCAAACCGCGUCACUUCCGUCGUCUGUCUAAAUAGCACGACCUCAGAGCCCUCGGAACUUACGCUGAACUUCCUCACCCCCGACGACGCCUCCAGAUUUGCUUUGAUCUUGAGCCAGUCACCCGGCUUGGUUCUAAUCACCCAAAGCAAUACUGGCUGCAGCCUCGAUACAGCGCGAGGGUUUUGGGAGUUUGAUUCGACAAAGAACUCGCCUGCAACAUCCACAUCUCUCACAGUUCUCGCUAGGGAGCGAAAGAUGGUUGAGGUUGCGAACAGGAUCACGCUUCUCUAUGGCAAGAGGGAAGGGAUCAGUGGAAAGAGCUUCACCUCGACGGCCGCUGAAAGACUGGAAGACCUGACGCCGGCUGCGAGGGAGCUAUAUGACUACUUCCUCAAUAGCAUCCAAGUCGAGAACAACAACAUAGCUUAUCAUGUCCCGGCUCUGAAGGGUAGCGAUAUUCCAGCCGCGCCCUACAAUCCAGAUGAUUUGGCUGGGCAGCAAGCAGCCGAAGACGGCUUCACAGAAGCCGGACUUAGCAAACCCGCAGACCUGGCGUCCAAGGCGACUGAAGGUCUGAACCAAAUUGCUGCAAACGUUUGUCCGCCCAACUCCAACGCAACAAUCGUCCGGCGAAUGCUACUGGGACUGGACCAACGUGAUGAUCCUCAGGACACACCUGCAUUGCGUGCUCACCGUUUGGCUGACUGGCUGAACAAAAGACUGGAAGCACGCGCGGUUGAUGGUUGGGACAUCGCCUGCGACGACACUGUGGGAGAGCUGGUUGGUCUCAUUCCUGGGGGCGACCUUCUUGGUUUGGUGUGCGCCGGGAAGUCAAUCUACGAUGCCCGCGACGCGAUCAAGUGUCUUUUUGGAGGCUGCCAAACCGUCACGUACAUCGUCACCAAAACGAUGACAUACGACUUCAAUUACUCAUGGUUGAUCACCUACCCAACAAUCUCACAGGCUGUGACAUACGGUGGAGGCAACAAAGUCUUGUCCUGUGUCAAUUGUGGCUUCUCAAUAUCUUCCAUCUCAUUCAUCGGCAAGAUCAUUGUAGUCAUCACCAACGGCGUAGUCCAAAUUCAGCAAGCUGACGUUACGCCCGGGAUAUCCGGUGUUGCGAAUGCGGUUGUUCGGCUUCAGUCAGACGGGCCGUGGAACGGCAUAUGGAAUUACAACUAUAAACCAGUGGACCUUGGCCCUAUCAAGAUGGAUGGUGCAUUCCGGAUCAACCCUGCCGUCCUCUACAGCAUCGGCAUCGAGUACUCCACGGACUCAAGCGUCGACAUCACAGGCGGAGCUCGCUUCACUUGGGCUAAUGCCGCCGCCACCGUAAAUAUUCUCCAGAGCAGGGUGACAACGCAGAGGAACUGGAAGCCGACUGUCGAGUUCACCUUUCCCUCGUUCCGGCAGGGUUCUGCGGUCAAGCUGAAGCCGUUCAUACGAUGGGUCAUCAAAAUGGAGAUCGAUAUUUAUGACAUGAUCAAGCUCAAACCGUUCGUCACAGAUCAGACUGUAGCUGGUAUUGAGUCCACAUACUCUUUCACCACCACAUCAAACUGCCCGGCAAACCAACUAGCCGUCAACAAUUACGUGUACAGCGCCAACACUAUUGGCUUCGGCACUGGAAGAAGCGCAGUGCUGUUUGACGGAACGGCGGGCAGCGCUAAGCAAUGCUUGCUUGUGCCAGGAAUCACCCCCUCGCCCGAUGAGCUAGCUUCACUGAGGCUGGUUGGCCAGGCCUUCUGCACGGAGUACAUCAAUUAUAGACCACCCUCGACUUUCACCUACACUACUCAGACAUCCACCGUCCCCACCACCACCACGACGUUUGUGACCACCACUGUCUUCACCACCGCGACGGUCACCGAGUAUAAGAGCGUAAGUCUCGACAGUUACUUCACACGGACGUUCGCUGCACAAACGACGACCGUCACGGAUACCUCAAAAGCCGUGAACUUCUUGUACUUGAACUACAAGCGAGAUUCAGAGGAUACACCCACGACAACAGCGGACGGCAUAGACAAACGCGCUGUUCCCACGCCUGCCUUGGUGAGAACCUGGGACGCAACUAAGAUCUCCUUCGCAUGCAAGCAAAUUGCCACUGGUACAACGACUCUCACCGUCACAGCCACGACGACUGCAACGGCCGGAACGGUCACCGUAACUGGCACUGUUACACGAAACCAGCAAGCCCCGUUCGUGACUGUCACGUUUACGUCCACCUUCAGACGCUACCUCGGCAUUGCGACAGCUACGGCCGCAACUGUUGCCACGGAAACUGCCUGUCCGCCAUCCACCGCGAACAAGUGCUUCAAACUCAAGAUUCAUGGCCAUCCUUGGACGGAGGGUAGGUACAUCCGCUGGGCACCGACAUGGCAGAACAGCGGGUGGCUAGAGCCCGACUCCCAGUAUGGCACCAACGAAAUAUUCUAUCUAACUACACAAGGACAUCUUGUUUCCACCGUGUACCCUGGGCCCCAAGCGUACAUUCUCGGCACACCAGGUACUAAUGCCAACGCCAACGAUUGGGGCGAGGUGUUGUUUUUGUGGUCGAACCAAGGCGUCUGGCCUCAGCGUCAAUACGCCAAAUGCGCCAAGGACUCUGAUCCGUGUUCCAACGGAUUCUCCUGUUCGAUCAUUGAUGAUAUUGGCGUGCAGAGAUUCCAGAUGUCAAUUCGGGUUCCCACGUUCCUUUUGAAUGGAGGUGGAUCGUAUGACGAAAGUUCGAGGUUUACUCCUUCCUGGCAUAGGAGGCCCGACACCGCGGUCUUUCAGUACCUUCCGGUCACCUUGACAUAUGAGGAUGUAGCUUGUCCAUGCUAUUGA